AUGCCUCCAGAUUUUGGCUGCCGAAGUCUUAGGUUUAAGAGAUCAGAUGGAGAACGUGCUCCUCAACGUUACGUAUUUAAAGAAAUUUACUUGCCAAUGGGGGAGGAGCUCAUGACUCAUGACUGCAGAUAUGAGUGCCUCAUGGAGAGCAAUUGUUUGUCUGUGAACAUCGGCCCACCAAACAAGACAGGCCUCAGGCUCUGCCAACUGAGUAAUUUUGACCACGCCCAACAUCGUGAAGAUAAAGAAAUAAAAAAAGGUUUUAUUCUCUGGGCCUCUGAGGUAGGAUUUUACUUUACAUUACAAUACAAUCCUCUGAAAUCAGCUUGAAUGUUUUUGGUCAAAUAUAGAUGCUAACAGGCGUUUUUCUAUCCUAUCAGAAUCCAUGCUCCAGUAAUCCUUGCCUCCAUAAUUCCACCUGUCUCAAUGGAUAUACCGACAAGAGAUACAUUUGUCUGUGUCCAGAUGGUUACACGGGAGAAAACUGUGAAAAAGGU